UGAAAAUACCCGAACUGACAUAUACCAGCAAGUCAACAACACCUUUUUUGCAGAAUCUGGUUUGGUAACAACUCAAGUUUGUGUUGUCUACCAUGUAUCCGACAGCGAAAAUUGUGGCAACGGCGUUGCUGUGUCUUUUUGUCGCGACAGAUGCCGCUACAAAGAAAGCUCCACCUCCGCCAAGUCCGGUCCAUGCUUCGGACGUACUUCGGCUCAUAGGAGACAUUAACGGCGCAGUUGAGCCCAACCUCUGUUCAAACCGUACCGAUUUCGACUGCGCCCGAAGUGCUCGAGCAGAGGUCCUGGUGUACGGCCCCAAGGCCAAGCAGAGCUACUGGGCGCCGCUCUGUGAGCCGGCUGAUGCGGGCACCAAGCAUAGCCUGGCGGACCUAAUUUGCAAGCUUAUGACCGGACUCCCCAGGCUGGAUGACAGCACCACCACCAUCACCAUGCGCUACCAGCCCAAUACCAGCAUCGGGUCCUACAUCAUCCCCAAGGGCAACCCCAAAAACGCAACCUAUUUCAAGCCCAACAGCUACAAUCGUUGGGUCACCGUCACCGGCGGCAACUUCAGCACCGCAUCUUCCGUCCAGGACUUGAAACUAAAGGUAUCAGCAACCAAGUGUGCAGACGGCAAGAUGCUGGCCAUGCGCUGCGAGAUUUACUUUGUUGACCGUUGGUGCAUCAAGGACGGCGUGCGUGUGUUCUGUUAAGUCUUAACGUCUUUGGCUCACUGUCUGCAAAGCACAGUUUAGAGAAGGUGAAAGCAUGGUCAACUCUAGCGUGCGGGCGCAGAAAGGGAAGGGAAGACCCGAACACUUGUCAAAUAAAGCCAUAGUGAUGUUCCCUUACUUGGGAGAAUCGGUCGUCAUUGGGAUUCAAACUGAAGAAGCCGUUGCUUAGUACUGCAUAUAUGCUUUUCUAUGUAUGCCGAUAUGGCCUUCCUUAGCAACUGUUUGUGUUGGGCUUAGAGAGGUUGCGGUGGGAUAUGAAAUACCCACGUAGGAUGUCAACCUGCAACAGCUGGAAACGGGUGAAUUUGAACGUUAAAUACAUAGCUGUCUAGUAGACUUGGCAAGAUCUGCCUCGGUCGUGUGUGUUUUAUGCCUAUCCUAAUGACCUAUCCUGUGAUGGAAGCAUGUCCGGGGCUUCUUAUUUUGCGGUGUCGUGUCGUCCCCAAUAUCUGGAGUCCUGCGUGCCACUAGCAAUUUCGGACUUUGACUGUGUACCGGUAGGCUGAGAGCCUAUCUUCAAGUUGCAAGGUACACGUAACGUUACACGUAAUUUCAUACCAACCAGACCUCACAUUGUGCGGGCUUGCAUAGGCUUCCGUUAGCAGACCAACCGCCGCAUGUGCAAGUGUAUCCAACUGACUGGGGUGCAGUACUACAGUCAGCAGCGUGGUGUAAAUGAACGAAUGACCGUUACAAUUUGGUGUCUGAUGCCAUGGUAGGCUUCAUAACCUAACAGAUGCUUGCGUAGUGUGUUGCAGCAG